AUGGCUCCCAGAGUAAAUACUGUGGCUUGGGAUCAUUUUACGGACAAAGGGCAACAAAUGGCCGAUUGUAAUAUUUGUAAAAUACAACUGAGUUUUAAAAGUUCUGUAUCAAACCUUACAAAACACAUUAAACGUAAACAUCCAUUCGUAAGUUUAGUUAGAAGAAACGACGUUCCAGCUCCAGUGAUAACAUCCCAGACUAACCAGCAACCACCAAUAUCAGACCAAUCUGCUGGAAUAGUUCAACAACCUGAAGAGGAUCGAAAUAGUUCCCAACUUCAAAAUGAAGAGCAGCAGCUAUCGGAUCAAGAAGCACAUCCUCCAGCUCAGCCACAAAUUAAUUUAGUAUGGCAGCACUAUGCAGAAAAAAUGAAAAAUAUUCAACCCAAGGGCACGGCAACUUCUCGAGCGAUUUUAGAAGUUCAAAGAUAUUUGGACGAUAAAGUUGUGUUGCCAUGUGAGAAUAUGUCACCACUAGAGUGGUGGAAAAAGCGGAAAGAUGUAUACCCGCAUUUGUAUGCUCUGGCCCUCACCAAGUUGAAUGCAAUGGCCACGAGUGUCCCUUGUGAAAGAUUAUUUUCCUCAUGUGGCUUACUGCUAAAUGACAGGAGAACGAAGCUGGGAACUCGAAAAGUGCAACAAUUAAUGUUCUUAAAUCAAAAUUCAAGUAAUUAA